AUUUCCAAUCGAUUAAGGCUUCAUCACAGCUUAUGAAUUCAUCAUCAAACGUUUUGUAAAAUAUCUCAAAGCGCUGGAUAUAUUACUAUUUUAUAUUAUUACUUAUAACAUUUAUUUUAUUAUACAUAUUAUCAUAUAUAUUAUUUUUUAUUUAUUUUAUAUAUAGUACACCAAUAUGGUCUACAUAUCAGACGUAAUAUUUAGUGAAUUAUUGAAGAAAUACCCAGGAUUGUGGGGUCUGGAAGAGGGAUAUAUUUGCUGGAAGGUAGCUGGUAGGGAGUUAGCUGACGUACUGACAAAAAAAACAGGUAUGGUUAUAACAGUAGAAGAUGUCAGGUUAAAAUUGAAAACAAUUAAAAUGAGCUUAAAGCGAUUGGACAAGUCGGAGGGGACAGGUUAUACGGGUAUGAGCCCGUAUGUGUGGUACGCGCACAAAUUAGGAUUGAAACACGCUGUUGAUAGAAUAACUACACAAAUGUUAAAUUACGGGGAAGUACCUGUAGACGCAGUGUGCGGAGAAAUACAGAGUGACACGGAUUGUGAGUUAAAAAAACUGCCGGAGAAAAGAAAGAGAAAACAAACUGGGAAACAAACGGAAAACCAAAUAGAGGAAAGCCCAUUUAGUGUAAAAAGCCCCGAUAGAUAUAAUAGCAGUAAUGAUUGUAGUUAUAAUGUAAAUAGGUACACCGAUGAUAUAUACGAAGAGGAACCGACAACAUCGGCGGAGGCAGCGCGGAAGGAGAAGAAUAAACGCCUUGAACCCGUUGUCAACCCAGAUGAAGGCCAGGAAAUAGAAGAAACUGACAGCGUGAUGCCGGACAUUGAGGUACUCCGAGAGGUCGUGAGGAAAUUAACUCCUCACGACAAAAUCGUACAACUACACUUCGAUGAAGUGUACACAGACCAAGGAUCAAUAUAUUCUAGAACCGAGGAUAUACUGUAUGGAUGCGGGUACAUCCUAAACCAAAAAUUAACGGAGACGGAGGAGUACCGGACGGUCCUCGUCUUCGGUGUGCGCAGCAUCUUGACGGCGUUCAACAUUCUACUCAGCGCCCAUCCUAUCACCCGCUACAAAGGCAAUGCAGACCUAUUAGAGGAAAAUUUAACAAUAGCAGAGGAGAUCGGGCUGGAUGUAAAAGCGGUGGUCUGCAAUAGGAGCGUUCAAAAUCGCAAGACAGUAACGAAUUUCACAAACGGCAAAUACAACAGGCAACGUGCGGAUGGCAGCAUGUAUAUUGUCGUGCACAUGUACGACUAUAUACACAUCCUGGAUGAAUUUCACCAAGAAAUUAUACAACACAACCGACGAUACGACGCCACAAUUGUCACCAAAGUAGCUGCGCGGAACGCGCCCAUCUGGAGACACUGGAAGAAGAGAGGCGCCAGCUUGUUAGUUACCUCACCUCAAAAUCUAAUGGAAACAGUUCAAUUUUUCACUCCAGCAAUGCCAGCAAUGUUGAAAACAGCAAUUGAUCGAAAAUUCAUCAGCGGUGCCAAAGAAAUUCGGACGUAUGAGCUCCUCGCCGCUUUAACAAAAUUUAACUCAAUAUUUCACAGCGGAAAAAUCAGCAGCACCAAAUGGCAGGCCCAGAAAGCGGUGCUAGCAGAAGUUACAAAAUACCUCCAGGCAACCCUUGAGGUGGACCUGCUAGCGAGCGAAACCGUGCAAACAAUGAAGAGAUUUACGGAACUAAUGGAUGGGCUGCUGGAAGCUUACCCUGGCAUAACUAUCCAGGCGUACAGAGUAAGCCACGACCCACUGGAACGUUUCUUCUGCAAGAUAGCGCCAAUGCAGGGAAAAUGUACCAGACCGACGACAGAAAUAAUGAAGCUGGUCAACCGCCUAAUUAAAUCACAAAUCGACUUUUGGGGCAGCGGAUACUCGACCACCGAUGAUUACCACCUUAUAGAGAAGAUGGAUUAUAGAACGGCGGAACACCAGGCCGAAGACAAGUUCCUGCCAUUCGGCCUGGAUGGGGUGGUAUUCGACGACAUACUCACCGGAGAAGUAACUGAAGAAGAGGAGGACUACAUCCGGCUGCUCACGGGCUACGGAAUAGCUCAGUAUAUACGUGAACAGGUGCGUUGUCAAGAAUGUCUAGAAGACCUCACCCAAAGAAAAGAAGAUGUCUGCUCACAACUUACCGGUGACAUUGUCGCCAAUGACCCGAGAGACGAUGUCAUCCUAGCCCACGAAUAUCUGGAACCCGAAUUCCCAAAGCCUAAAGUCUAUGCCGCAUUUUGUGACGCCUGCGAUAUUUACAAGUCCAUUAUGCAGAAACAUAUGGUCGAGGCAAACAUCGGCAAGCGCGUGCAGGCGACGAUAGUGGCACGGCUUGCCUUCUUCAGGGAAGCAGGCUCCUGUACCAACGGAAGAAACCACCGAACAAAUCUUCUGGGCUUCAUCAUCAAUUUGUUGCUAAUUGGAAAAAACUGGGUACAACCAACUGUCACCAAUGUGUCAUCAUUUUGACGGAAAAUCGUGCGGGAAAACCAGUAAAAUGAAGAACAGAAAAAGUCCACAAGGAUUGUUUUGAAGGAAAAUCGUGCGGGAAAACCAGCAAAAUGAAGAAUACAAAAAUAUCCGCCCACCAUAUUCUCCGCUCAAGUAUAGGCCCGCA